UCAUUCCCAUUUGUAGUCCCAUCUAACAAAUCAUUUCCUUUUUUAUUCAUAUGUCUCUAUAGUUUUUUUCUGUUUGCUCUCCUUUAAUUUGUUCUUAAUGCUUUCCUUCUUUCUUUUUAAUUUUCUGCUUCUCAUGUGGACUAGAAGAGCAAUAAAAAUGUGAAUCUGAAAAAUGAUGGUAAGGGUGGGUUGAAACAGGCUGAUCUUAAUUUCAUGCAGGAAGUUUCAAAGUCAACUGAUGGUUCUUUGCAAAAGCAGCCUUUGUUUUCAGAGUCACUUGGAAAUUAUUCAGAUUUAGAAAGUGGUUUUCAUGCCUUUGUGGGAAAAACUAACGUUGAUAAAAAGAAGAUAAAAGGUAAACUUGAACAAGCACACAGUGUUGGGAAACUGAAGCAUGAUGUUCAGCAAACUAUUAAAGAACGCAUAUUAGCAAAAAGGAAGAAAGAAUAUUCAGAAAAGUCUAAGUCUGUUACACAAGACAUAUCUUAUUUUUCCAGUGAUAAGAUUAAAAAAUCAAAGGCGAAUACUAAGUCUAAGCAAGCCCAUAAAAAAGAUGUGCCUCCUUCUGCAGACCGUAAUAAACCAGUAUUUAGUUCAUUAGAUACACAAAAAACCAAAGCAGUUAAAAAACAAAGUAAAAAUGAGGUGGAUCUUGAAGGCAAAGCAAAGGAUGAAACUGAGAAAUCUGACAAGUUUGGAAACAUCUAUGUCAGAGAGAAAGAAAGUAAUGAAGAACAGAGAGUAUUUAAGAAAAAGAAGAAUUUCACGAAAGAAAUAGCAAUAGGUGUGUCAUCAUCUUCUAGUGAUGAAAAUAGAAAUGAUCUUACAGAAUAUGUACUUCAGAGACAAAAAUUACACAAAGCUACUUAUGAAGACACAGGAACACAAAAAGCAAUAGAAGCAGUGGAAAAUGUGGAUGAUUUAUAUCCAGAAGGAAGAGAUACUGAGGCUAAAUGGGAAGAAGGUAAGAAUGAAGAAGAAUUUAGUCAAGAGCAGGAGAGUGGAGAAAGUGACAUUAGAAUAAAGGAUGGUGAGAGUAAAAAACAGAAGCACUCUGAAAAAGUUGAAAACAGUGAAGAAGAAUCUAGAGAAGAGGAGGAUGAAAAUGAGGUUAGAAAAGGUGAAGAUGAAGAUGCUUUAGGAGCAGCAGAUGGAGAUGAAGAGGAAGAAAUUGAUGGAAAAGACAAAUCAUUGUUUGAAGCAGAAGAUGAGAAUGAGAGAGAGGAAGAGGAUGAUGAGAAUCACCAAAGAGGAGAUGGCGCAGACAGGGAGAGUGAAGAGGAAAAAGAAUUAGUGAAUGAGGAAAAAGAUUAUGACAAUGAGGAGAAGACUAGAAAAGAGGACAGCGAAUAUAAGAAAGAUGAGUGUAUAGACAAGGAGGAGGAAGAGGAACAGAAUAAGAGUGAGGAAGGAGAGGGUGAGGAUGAAGAAGGGGAAGAUGGGAAAAAUAAGGAAGAGGGGGAAGAAGGGGAACAAGAAGGGAAAGAGGAAGAAGAGGGGGAACAAGGGGAGGAUGAACGGGAAGAGGAGGGAGAAGGCGAAGGGGAAGAAGAGGGAAGAGGUGAAGAAGAGGAAGGAAAAGAGGAGGGGGAAGAGGAAGGGAAAGAGGAGGAAGAGCAGGAAGAGGAAGGGGAGGAACACGGGGAAGGGGAGGAAGAUAGGGAAAAUGAAGAUGGGGAAGAGGUGGAAGAUGGAGAGGAGGAAGAUGGGGAAGAUGAAGAGAGGGAAGGGGAGGAAGAUGGGGAAGAUGAAGAGGGGGAAGGGGAGGAAGACAGGGAAGAUGAAGAGGGGGAAGGGGAGGAAGACGGGGAAGAUGAAGAGGGGGAAGGGGAGGGAGGCGGGGAAGAUGAAGAGGGGGAAGGGGAGGAAGACGGGGAAGAUGAAGAGGGGGAAGAUGAAGAGGAAGAUGGGGAAGAUGAUGUGGAAGGGGAGGAAGAUGGGGAAGAUGAAGAGGGCGAAGGGGAGGAAGAUGAGGAAGAUGAAGAGGGCAAAGGGGAGGAAGAUGGGGAAGAUGAAGAGGGCGAAGGGGAGGAAGAUGAAGAGGGAGAAGGGGAGGAAGACAGGGAUGAAGAGGGGGAAGGGGAAGAAGACAGGGAAGAUGAAGGGGAAGAGGGGGAGGAAGAGGGAAAAAAUGAAGGGAAAGAGGAGUCAGAAGGGGAACAUGAAGAGGGGGAAGAGGAAGGUGAUGAAAGAAAGGAGAAGGAAAGGAAGAAAGCUGGAAAAAAAAUAAAAGAAAAUAAGCCUCAGCAAAGGCAAAGUAAAAGUAACAGAAAGGAGGAGAAGAAAGAAAGUGCUGUACGAAAUACUAAACAGAAAGUAAAGUCGAAACAUCACUUGGUGAAUGGAUUACAAGAUUCACAACAGUUUUGGAACAAUGUGCUACCUCAUUAUUUGACACUAAAGUAGUAGAAGCCUCUAGAGAUAUAUUUAAACAAAUUCACUAGGAAGCUGUAGGGUUACACUAUGGUAUUUUUUAUCAUAUUUUUCUAAAAGUUUUUUUUAAUAUAGUCACGUAUUUAAAUGUAUUAAAUACUUUAAGUGCCAGUUUCUUGAAGACCUGCAGGAAGUACUAAGUUUUGUUGACCUUUAUUGGACCAAACCACAUUUUGAGUUGUUGUUUUAUCAUG